GUUUCUUGUUUGCCCGUCAUAAUGGAAGCGCAUCUCACCAACGAAGAGCUAGAUGAGCUUAGCGCUUUGGCUGAGUCCGACCAGUUCCAUGUCGUGCCUGAUCACAUUGGAAACGAUACAUACUCCACAACGUCAACACAAGACCUUAUGCGGCGAGGCGAUCCCGACGCACCUUUUACUGAAUCUUCGAAUGCACCCACUCCUUUUCUAGUCACUAUCGUAGCCAAAGUGUUUCAGCUGCUCCGACCACUCUUUGCCAUUAUCUUCUCCCCAAGAGUGCAAAGAACCGUUAUCCGAACCGCCUUUUUGACCAUCGCUCUUUCCUGGAUUGUCAGUGUGGCAUGCUCGGCUUAUAUUGCCUUCUACAUGGCCCACGUUCCCAAGACUGCCCACAUCGAACCUGUCUAUCUGCAAUAUGAUAAAGGGAUGAAUCCUAUGGCUUUGGUUGAUUUGACACAGAAAGGAACUUAUACCAAGCCACUGCGACAUGAGCAGCAAUACAGAGUCGAUAUUCAUAUGCAUGUACCUAGCUCAGAGAUAAACUUUGACGUCGGUAAUUUCAUGGUUAGAGUCGAUCUUAAAGCAGCCGACGAUAAGACCGUGGCAUUUUCAAGCAGACCUUCUAUCCUACGCUAUCAGUCCGCCCUUCACCGAACGUUGGCUGUAUUUGCUAGAGCCCUUCCGCUCCUUCUCGGUCUAGCUAAGGAGACGCAGACUUUAGUUGUUCCAAUGAUGGAGCAUUUUGUAGAGGACCAGUCCCAUUCUGUCACCAAGGCCAUUGUGUCCGUGUCGGACAGUCGCCUCCAAGUCUACAGCAUGCAACUACACAUGGUUGCGGAUUUCCAUGGCCUUCGGUACUAUAUGUACAACCAUCGUAUCAUCACCGCUAUGGUCUUCAUUACCCUGUUUAUAUGCAUCGAGUUGUCGUUCGCUACCGUUGCUUGGAGGUUGUUUGGGUACACCCUUUGGACUCGAAUCAGUCAAUGGGCUGAUUCAGUGGCCAAGGAAGGCGCAGGAGGAUAUACUGAAGCGAGCAGUGAGAAAGACCCCCUUAUCGCUGGCCUUGAGUCAGCAUCUGAAAAAUCGGAUCAAGCUGACGACGACGAUAGUCAUUAGCAAAUGAACUACGUCUUUC